CUGCCCACACCCGCCAUGGCCGCGCGGCUGCUCCUGCGGGCGGCGCGGCCGCUCCUGCCCCCGGCCGGGCCCGGGCGGGGCGCGCUGGGCACCGCGCUGGGCACCGCGCUCGGCGCCGCGUUCAGCUCCGGGCCGCCCCCCGAGAAGAAGCGAUGGCUCCGAGCGUACCUGGAGAUGCAGCGGCUGCAGGCGCCGCCGCAGCGGCGGUCCGAGCAGCCCAACUGGGAUUACCACGCCGAGAUCCAGGCCUUCAGCCACCGCCUGCAGGAGAACUUCUCUCUGGACCUUCUCAAGACGGCGUUUGUCAAUUCCUGCUACAUCGAGAGCGAGGAGGCGAGGCGCCGGCAGCUCGGCGUGGACAAGGACACGGUUGCCCUCAGCCUCCAGGAUAACACCAAACUUGCGGAGCAGGGGCUGCGCUUCGCCCGCGCUUACCUGACACAGUGCUUUGAGGGCGCCUACCCACAUUUACCUGCCAAGGGCGUAGAAGCGCUUGUUAAUUUUCUGACCGGUCAGGAACUGGUCUCGUACGUGGCUAAAAACCUGGCUAUCCAAGACCUCGCGCUUUGCAGGGACUUUCCAGCCCCACCACAAGUGCUGCAGAGGACGUUCCUCGCGGUGAUAGGAGCCCUGCUGGAGAGCAGCGGGUCAGAGAGAACGGGCAUCUUUGUCCGGGACUUCUUAAUUCCCCAGCUGAUCGGAAAAGACCUGUUUGAGAUCUGGGAAGUUGUAAAUCCUAUGGGCUUACUGGUGGAAGAACUGACCAAGAGGAAUAUCUCUGCUCCAGAACCAAGAAUUACCAGGCAGUUGGGAGUCAGCACAGUUCUGCCAGUGUACUUUGUUGGGUUGUACUGUGAUAAGAAGAUUUUAGCUGAAGGCCCUGGGGAGACGCUGCUCGCUGCAGAGGAAGAAGCUGCACGGGUGGCCCUGCGGAAGCUCUACGGGUACACAGAGAACAGGAGACCUUGGGACUACUCAAAACCCAAACAAGGACUGGCAGCUGAAAAGGCAAUCAGCAGUAACUAGAAUGCUAAAAGACAUUUCUGGUUUCUCGUAAGAAUUAAAGGCUUCCAUGCUGAGUGUAGGUGUAUUUAGAAAAGCAAAAUGCAGUUGGUUUUUCUGGUCUUCAGUGCUUGAAACUUUCAAGUCAAGUGCUGUAUUAAAAUGAAUAAAGUCUUUUUGUUUUGCACAA